AGCUUACUUCUAGAAAUUGUUAAGGUUUGAGAUGAAAGAAUCACAAACACAUAAUCUCAAUAGCUCGGCUACAGAAGUGUCAUUAACUUUUGCAAGUUAAAUCGUUCGCAACAGUUAAAAAGAUUUGCACAAUUCUCUCCACAAAGCUAUCAAGCUGGGCAAAUCGUGUGCAGAUAAGAAUUUUAUGAAUGAAUAACUUGGUGAAGAUGCAUUGGGAACAUCAAGAAAAUAUUUUCCAGCGAUAAAUACGGCACCCGCCGUUUGCCGCGUUGGCCAAGCAGCUUGUGGCGCAAGAAUGUCAAAAAAAUCACGUACCCACCGACAACAUCACCGCCAAGCACCGCAGCGAUAAAACGCCAACCGCCAAACACUGGCAAGCAAACCGAAAUGCGAAAUGGCGCAUUUGUGCGCAGCAGACAAGAAAAUAUGGAAUCAACACAAUUAUCGCCACAACACCUGACCCAGCAAGAGACAUAAGUAGCAUUUACGAUGCGGUUGACGCUGUGCAUGCACAUGGCGGAGCGAUUGCAUGCGAGCGCGUACGCGUGAGAGCUGGAGAGCAGCACAAGUCGGAAAAUUAAUGACCGCGAGCACCUUAUGCAGCAACGCGGGAACGCAAGAAUUCCACGCACCCGCCAGAGCAGCUGGUUUGUGAACUUUCGGGUCGCCGGAGGGACGGUGCAACACAGCACAACCUCAGCACGUGAAAAUUUGAUAUGAAAAGUUCAAGCGACAGUUGGGAACGUGCGAUACUGCUGGCUACCUCAUUGUGGCUACGAAGUGCAUAUAAAACCAUUACGGUCGCAGCAGCUGACGAUUAGUCAAGGCGAAACCUAAAGCCAUUGCAGCAUCAGACGUGCAACACCAAACCAGUGAAUUCUAACCACGGCCACACGCGAUUUUAUAUUUGUCGCCACUCGCUCAAUACUGCCACGGCUCCAGCGCAGCGCUCCGAAUAUAAUACCCGGAGGAGACAAUGUUGGCAACGCAUGGCUUACUGCACGUGGCCGCGGACCAACGCAUCGCCUACGCGGCAAUUCACUUUUGGCUACUGCUCACCCAACUGAUGAGUGCGGCCACGGUCAGUGGCAGCCGGUGGAACGACAGUAGCAACAGCCCCGCCCCACCAGCCAGCGACCAGCAGCUGCUUCAAGCGCCACCCCCAGCGCCGUUGAUGGACAAAACGUUGACAAACUGUGGCCGCGAAGACAGCCCUAGAUGGCGGCCCGUUUGUGCCACAGCGAAUGAUGUGGACUAUGUGCUCUUUGGCAGCGAAUGUUUGUUGAGGCAAACCAACCGUGAGCGCCACCACGCGGACACAGGGGACGCGCAGGCCGUUUUUAGGGAAAUUGCGUUGGGAUUCUGUCGGCCGAGUUGUAGCCUUAUAAUUUGCGAAGGCAGCGAACGCGCGAUUUGCGCCCGCAAUGUCAACAGCGGCGAAGUGCGGAGCUUCAGCGGACACUGCGACAUGGCGCGCGAUGUUUGCAUUAAUGACAAUGAUUGGCAACUGAUCCCCGACGAAGCAUGCGUUAGACAACUUAAGAGUUCAGUCCCUACUACUUCAGCUCCAACCACACAAGCUACUCCAAUUACAACAGCGCAAGGAAUGCCAUUUACUAAAAAGGAAAAUAUGAAUCAACAACAAAAGUUUAAAAAAGAGGUGCUGAGUAAGUCGAUACCAUGUCCGAAGGUAUUUAAUCCGGUCUGCGCAGAACUCUUUGGCGUCAAGGCGACUUUUAUCAACGAAUGUCUAGUGAAUGCAGAGAACGUAAAAUUCAACAAAGAUUGGCAAAUCUUCUCAGAGGGCGUCUGCGCGGAAGAUUACGCCAGUUCCGAAACGCACAAAAACGUUAUUAGCAAGCGCAGCACGGUAACCAGUGCGACCGUUACAUUCGAACUGAACGCACCCGAGCAAAUGCCGAGCGAUAUCAUGUGGACACCGAAUAUCGAAAACACCAACUAUAUGAAUGAGGAUGUCUUCAGUUCCUAUGGAGGGCAAAUGAGAAGCAUGCUCCAGUACAAUCAGCCUUAUGGUGCUCGGCACACCGAACAGUCAUCCUUGGAUGCAAUGCCACAUAAUAUACGGAUUCUGCCGUCGGUUGACGAUCAUGUGUCGAUCUGUAAAUUUGGUGCUGGACCAGUUUGUGGCAGUUCAACGCAAUACUCGGCGCAUAAGUUUGAAAAUAUAUGCGAGCUGUUAUUGAGAAAUCUCAUUUUAAAUGAGUCUUGGAUGGUAGUUAACGAGGGUAAAUGCCGAAGAUGUGUCUUGAAUUGCACCACAGACUACGAUCCCAUAUGUAUCUCACGCAACGCUAUUAACUACACCAUAAUCAACCAAUGCCAUCUGGAUCACGCUAUUUGUAGGAAUAACCUAAACACAUGGAGGAUACUGGGCAAAGGCGAGUGCUCAACUGUUUUGAAAAAUAUUCCAUCACCCGAAUCCAAUUACGUCACAAUAACGCCAGAAACUCAAAAUGAAGCAUACUUUCCUAGGCACGCAAGGAAAAUUCUCGAAUCCUUAUCAGAAGUUGGCGCUGAAAGCUCGAUAAGCCGAAAUCCGCCAGUGGUCACUGACCAAAUGUCUUCUUCAGAAGUUUUCGCUGGCGAAUCCCAUAGCACCAGCUCCAGCGAAACUCCACUUCCUGGCACUACCUCAACGCCCAUCGCGAAUACCACACCUAAAACUCAUAUAAUGAAUUUGUGGCGCAGCUCAAAGCGAAAAUCGUCUGUGACAAGAAGAAAAAGAAAUUAGUAAUAAGUAUAAUUAAAGAUUACUAUCUAUUAUAAGUUGAAUAAUUUAAUAAGUAAAUUUUCUAUUUUUUUAAAACAACAAAUAAAUGCAUAAGAAUUCAAAUUCGAAUUCGUAACGAUUUCUAUAGCGUUACGUUGACGUUACGUUCCGCUCAGUUACGUUUCAGUAUUCUUUGUGCCACCACACAGAUGGCGCCGUACACUUUCUUCAUUCCUUUCUCCUCAAAUUCGUAAAUAUUUACGAAAUUCUCAUACAAAAAUAAUUCAACAAAACUCAUUUUGCUUGCGUGUUGAUUGGGGCGUUCUCUGAUUGAUCCAACACGAAUGUAGACCGUGGGAAAAGUGAGUAACCAGUAGAGCGCGAACGAACAAAUAUGAGGUAGUGCUAAUAAUACCGUCCGCUAAAAUAUCUCGCGCGUGAAUGUUUAGUGUAAGGUCAUCGCCUGCCAUUAUAUAAUUAGUAUAAAAUAGAGAAACCUAAUGUCGCACACCUUGUCCGCCACUCCACCACCACCACCUCUUCAAGAGCAAACCAUUGCCAAGAAGUAUCCGCCGCCAGCCAAAAA